CGGGUCGAAGAGCAGAAAACAACAAACAAGUUAGGGUGAAGACCGUCGGGAUGGAUGCAGCAACCUUGACAUAUGACACACUUCGCUUUGGAGAGUUUGAAGAUUUUCCUGAGACCUCAGAGCCUGUGUGGAUCUUGGGCAGAGAAUACAAUGCACUCACAGAGAAAGAUGACAUUUUAUCAGAUGUCACUUCACGACUGUGGUUCACAUACAGAAAAAACUUCCCGCCGAUUGGUGGGACAGGACCAACGGCAGAUACAGGAUGGGGGUGUAUGUUACGAUGCGGCCAGAUGAUCCUUGGCGAGGCCUUGUUGUGCCGACAUUUAGGCAGAAACUGGAGAUGGAACAAAGACGAGAAACAAAGAGAAGAGUACAUCAGUAUUCUCAACGCCUUCAUUGACAAGAAAGACAGCUAUUAUUCCAUUCAUCAAAUUGCCCAAAUGGGUGUUGGAGAGGGGAAGCCAAUAGGCCAGUGGUAUGGACCAAACACAGUCGCCCAGGUUCUAAAGAAACUGGCAGUGUUUGAUACGUGGAGCAGAUUAGUUGUGCACGUGGCAAUGGACAACACUGUGGUCAUCGAGGAGAUCAAGCGGCUCUGUAUGCCCUGGCUGGAUGCGGCAGAGGCCUGUGGAGAUGCCGAGGCAGGGGGGGAUCUGAAUGGCUGCCUCGAGGGUGCGUGUGCGAUGGCUGAGGAGGAAACGGCUCUGUGGAGACCCCUGGUCCUGCUCAUCCCCCUCAGGCUGGGCCUUAGUGACAUAAACGAGGCUUAUAUUGAAACCCUCAAGCAAUGCUUCAUGCUGCCUCAGUCCUUGGGUGUUAUUGGGGGGAAACCCAACAGUGCCCAUUACUUCAUUGGUUAUGUCGGAGAAGAACUCAUCUACUUAGACCCACACACCACACAGCCUGCAGUGGAUCCGUGUGAAGACAGCCAGGUCCCCGAUGAGACGUACCAUUGUCAGCACCCACCCUGCCGCAUGCACAUCUGUGAGCUGGACCCCUCCAUCGCAGCGGGUUUCUUCUGCAGAACAGAGGACGAGUUUGAUGACUGGUGUAUGCGCAUAAGAAGGCUGUCCUGCAGAAGAGGGGGCCUGCCCAUGUUUGAACUCGUAGACAGCCAGCCCUGUCACAUGGUCAGCAUGGAUGCCCUGAACCUCACUCCUGACGCUCUCUUCACAGAUUUCUCAGACUCCGACAGGUUGGAGCGGUUCUUUGACUCAGAAGACGAAGAGUUUGAGAUCCUUUCCCUGUGAGGAACACUCGAACGAUGAUGAACUGUUCUUGACAGUAGGCGAGAGAUUCCCUCUUCUCUGUAUCAGAAGGAAAAGCCUGAGGGGAGGAACAUUAUUUGGAGAACUCUUGAGCCAGUCCAGCUCCAAUGGUGUAGUCAGUGUGUGUCACACAGUGUUCUCCAACCUCUGAUUACGCUCUGUAUCCACCAUCGAGACUGCCUGGUGGAAGCAGUAGCAGGAGCUCAGGACAAAUUCUGUAUGCACAUCUUCACAUACAUGUGUUUGCAUUGAGUCUUAACACUUUAAAUGUUUAUUCUGAAGUGAUAUGGUGCCUUUCCCUGACUCCAUAAGAAAAAAUUGCCAUAACAGUUUUAUGUUGUAUAGAACACAAUGGUUCAUCAUGCCCAUUGCUUCCGCGGUAUGUCACUAAAAACUGAAUACUGUAACAGCCUGUAAUGAAACCAAAUUCAGUCCAGACAAGUUGUAAUAUUUGAAUUAAUCAUGCAAAGUAUCCUGAUCCAAGUCGGAUCAUGGACACAAGUUCAUUUGAAGAUUAUUUAUUUAAUCAACACAAUAUAAAGACAGGUGAAAUAACAAUAGAGAUGUAAGAGAAUUAAAAAACAAAAAAAUAAAAUCACUAUCGGGUA